AUGGCGGCGAUUACCAUGGUGGGUUCUAACAGAUCGAGGUUGAGAAGGUCUUCGCUGCAAUCCUGGGUCAACGGAUUCGCCCCUCUCUCUGUCGGCGCUGAUGUUCCAGCGGCGGUUCAGGAAUUCAGCCGGACUCUGUUCAACAUGAGGCCCCCCGACAUUUCCCUGUUCGUGUCGAAGGUGAUCUUCAGCAGCGAUCUCCGGGGAGUUCUCGGGCUGGUGAAAGUCCCUUGUUGCAUUAUGCAAACCGCUCAAGACGCGUCGGUGCCGGCAUCGAUGGCUAUCUACCUGAGAGACCAUCUCGGCGGCCGAAACACCGUGGAGAUGCUGGACACCGAAGGCCACCUACCCCAUCUCAGUGCCUCUCAGCUACUGGUCCGCAAGCUCCGCCGUGCCCUUUGCCGGUGA